CUCUACACCGUCACUCUUGUAUAAACUCUUCCCCUCUAUCUCUCUCUUUCUUUAUUAAUUAAAAAUGGCUGCUGGCAUCACCGACUUGCAGCGCAUGAGCUGGGAAGAUGCACGGGAAACACUGCGGCAGUGGAGAGAAGAGAAUGACCGAAGGUCGGAAGAGACAGUCGAGCUGUGGCACAGCGUGAUCGCCAAGAAUAUCAAGAAACUAGGAGACGAAAAAUGGGUCGUCUACGAGCAAGUGUGCAUAGCGGCUUUGGACUGUCACGAAAUGCGGCUCGCAAAGGAAUGCCUGAACAAACUGGACGAAGAGUUUCCUGGCAGCUUACGAGUGAAGAAGCUGGAAGCGAUGCAGCUAGAAGCACUUGAAAAGUACGAUGAGGCGUUUACGCAGUACGAAGCACUCUUGGCUCAGGACGAGGCAAACUCUGCAGUGCACAAACGGCGAGUGGCGGUGCUGCUGUCACAGCAGAUGGUCGGGGAAGCGGUAAAAGAACUGAGUGACUACCUGCGCCGAUUCAUGGGAGACCAGGAGGCCUGGCUGCAGCUGUGCGGCCUGUACCUGCGAGAGCAGGACCUCGCCCGUGCCGCCUUCUGCCUUGAGGAGCUCAUCCUGUGCAAUCCUCACAACCACCUCUACUACCAGCGCUACGCGGAGAUUCAGUACACAAUAGGCAACAUGGAGACAAUGGAGUUGGCGAGAUCUUACUUUGCACAAGCAGUCAAGCUGAACCCAAACAACAUCCGGGCACUCUACGGACUUUUCUUGGCUGCCAGUCACAUUGGCUCUCACCCCAAGAGUUCUGUACAGAAGAAGAAGGACAACCAGCGAUACGCAGCUUGGGCAUCUCAACAGAUAACGAAAAAGUACCAAGAGAAACAAUGUGAAGACUCCCAAGUGAAGUUGCUAGAAGGCAUGCUGAACACUCUACAAAUCAACUGAGGACCUUUCCUGUGACCCACACGCCUGCUUACUUCUUGUAAACCUUGUAUUUAUACGGAGAAGAAAAAAAAAAGAUUAUAU